UCUUUGUUACAGGUCGACAAUCGUACAGACGAAGUGUUAGGCCGGUCGAAAAAUGUUAUAAGAAGAAGAAUCUGGUUCAUCUAAGUUGAAGGUGCUUUAUAGAAAGGUGGAAAAUGCCGUCUGAGUACGCCGUGUAUACCGCUUCGGUGCCGAUAGACAAACGACUAUCGACGCUCUCCAUCUCCUCCAAGCCGAAGGACAAUGCGGAGUACGCCAUCAAUAGGUUUUCGCAGAAAUACGAUUCCUAUCAGGAGUUUUUAUACAGGAACAGCAUGUCAAGUCACCGUCAAAGACUGUCAUCGACCGGAGACGGAAGCAGCGGCGGAAGCGGAGAUUCCGGAAGUAGCGCAGGAAGUGCGGGAAGCGAGGGUAGCGAAGCGGGUUGCAGAGCGGAUAGCGACGAAGUGGAGAGGGAAGAACGGCCACCAUUGGAGGGACAGAUCACGGAGGGGGAGAGGCAACAAGUCGAGACGUUCUUCAAGGGUCUCAAGACACAGGUUUUCGUCAGCGGAUCCCUAGCGAAUUUAUACACAAAGUCAUCUUCAGACAACGAAUGGCAGUUGAAAUAUACUGGUAUACCAGUUGUGAUCUUGGACGUAGGGGAGUCCAGAGCUAGGGACAAGAGGAGAAUACAGAUUGCUCUAGCUGAAAGAGGAACAUGUUUCAUGCUAUGGAGCGACACAAUAGACAACCUCUCAUCGUACAAAUCAGAUGGCCCAGCAUUCCACACGAUGUGCUACUCCGCUGAUCACACGCUGCAAGUUGGUUUCAGCUUCGAUAACUCCCACGAUGCCCAGGAGAUGUGGCAGCAUAUUGAACGACUUGUGUCGUGUCCUGAGAACAUUUCAUUAUCCACACCAGGCAAAAAGAAGAAAAAGAAAGAGAAGAAACAACCGAAGCCACCCCCACUACCCCCAAAAAGCCACAUUUCUCAGCCGUGCUGUUUCCAGCACAUCACUUCAGUAGACAGAGACGACACGACGAGGUUCUAUUCGCUGAAGGAACUGCUGCCACGUACCAUGGUCAAUCCUAGGAUGCACCAACUGCACGAGGUUGAAUAAGGCAGAUACAGACUGAGAGUACUACUUAUAUCUAUUAAUAAGCUAAUCUUAAUGUAAAUACCUAAAUAAUAAAUGUUCAGGAUCGAGGGACCGAGUUUAUGUCAAGGGAUCACACUUGUAUCUACUGGGUGUAUUGAAAUUGCAUGAAAUUCUGGACGUAUAGAUCAAAAUAAUAUAAGUUUAUUUCUAAUAAAGACCAGCAAAUACCACCAUCGAAACGAAUUAGUGGUAUAUGAUGUUGACUAGCUACGCACUGAAUCUGGUCAGCUGUAAAUGAAAAACAAAAAUCAAACUGCUUAUUUUCACGAAAGGAUAUGCAUUAAAAUAGGGUUGUCGUACAUUUGAAGUUGGAAACACCAAUCAAGAUAAUUCAAAACUAAAUUAGUUUGUAGCUGAAAGUGUAUGAAAUUGGUGACCUCGGGUUUUACCUAUUUGGAUAUAGCAGAAGUAUGUAGCCACAAUAUUGAAAAUGCUGUCUUAUUUCUUACGUAAUGUCAUGUUCUUCCUACUAAGUGUCAACCUGAAGCUUGCUGUCGUACACUCCAUAUCCUCUCGCAGUAGCACUUGACCUAGUGAACAAUUUGACGUUAGACUUUUCUGAUAUUAAGAAAUAGUACGGUGAAUUUAUACAAUUUCCACUUGAAAGCUACUUUUAACAUUUUACUUAUCCUGUAUCUGGUCGUACAAGAAAUUUUCUAUGUAUCUCUGACGCAAUAAGCGUUCCUGUACCCGGUUAGCAACAUGAGCUCGGCAGGGUAUAAACACCCAUUUUACGUUCUAAAUACAGAAAUAACUACUUUUGAGUGCCAUUUCAAAGCUAAAUUUCUGAUACGAAUUGCAAUAUUAUCUCGAUUUGCUGUUUUUUCGUUUGUAUAUAAAUAUAACAUGUAUUGGAAUGACAUAUUUUAUCCAUGCUUUUAGGAAUUUAAAAAUAAGGGACAGUUUGUGCAAAUACAAAUACGUGUUACUCUCUACAAUUUUUUAAGGUCGUCUGUCACAAUGGGAAACUUUGUACUGAAUUUAGUAAGUUAAUUUGCCUACCAAAUUAGGGAAUAUAUCAGACAAAAUUCAGUACAUAAUUUUGCAUGUACACCUUUUAGAAGCCGUGGUUUUCGUACUGAUAAUCAGCCAUGUUUGUCAUGUCGCUAAAUGAAACCACAUAUGUUUCAAUUACUGCUUGUGACCUCUUUCAAGUAUAAAACGAUAGUUCUGUCAUUAUUGGUAUUUGUUAAGGUCACCCGAAACGCUGAGUCAGUAAACAGUUAUUUAAAAAUGUUUAUUAAAAAUUUGUGCUCAUUUUGAUUGUACGCGAAAGCAGGCUUGGGUUUGGGGUAUGGAAUUCGUAGCAGCAGAAAUAGGGAAAGACAACAAAAAGUGUGGUUCAAAUAGAUACUUGACAAAUUGUUGUUUGAUGUUGACAGAAAAUAUCUUGUCUUUUAUCUAUUGCGCAUGAUUUUAUUCGAAAUUUAUGACAACAAUUCAUUUUUGUGGCAGUAUUGUAAUUCACUGAAAAUUGAGAAUUAAUCCAGUACGCAUUUUUCCCCAAAAAUUAUAAUCUAUCAUAAUAAUAAUCUAUAGGGUAACAGCACAAAGCAAGAGGAAGGAUGAGAUUUACUCAGAAAAAGCUACUUUCUGUAAAUGCAGACAUGCUCACUCUGGAGUCGCAUGUGGUUGCCGCUACAAUUUGGCCCACAUGAGAAAAUACAUUUACUUACGAUUACAUGCACUAAUAAUAUAUACAUAUGCAUGUGGUUUAUUGUAAGUUUUAGCUAUGGCGACUGGUAUCGUCAUCAAACCUUUACAGCAUUGUUAAGUGUAUUAGAAAAUAAAAUUAGUAAUGUAGUAGUCGUUGUAUUAUUGUAUUUAUCAUCUAAUAUGGCGCGUUUUCAAAGACUGCGAACAUGAAAUAAAAAAUAGGUUAUACCAAUAUAAGUAUCUUAAUUAUAAUUUUUCUGUUACUUUUACGGAUCAAGCGUAGUUUUACCGAAUUAAUGCAUAAUAAAAUAAUUCAUUAUUGUAUCCACCUCACUUUAUAUCAAAAAUAUGUUCAUAUCUCAAUACUGAUGAUUAUGAUUCUACAGACCAUUCCGAUAACUCUCCAUGUACCAACAUAGGUUACCUAUAAAAAUCUAAAAUUUUGGAGAGAUUCUCUUCUCUUUCAUCAACAAUGAAUGUAUCAAUUACAAUAUUCUAUAAAAAUAAUCUGCAUAUACUAUCAACAAUUCUUUAUAUUUGAAUAAGAUCUGUGAUAUACUGAUAAAUGUGUUUGAAUAAGAUAUCUAUGAUAUUUAAGAGGACAACAAUCGCUUAGAAUAUGUUUUUAGUACCCGAUCAAGUAGGCUCAUAUUUUUACUAGGUUUUGUAUAAUCAUUUAUACAUUAACUAAAUCUGUAUUUAUCGUGUCAAAUAAAAUGUAGUAAUGUAUAUCAAAUCUUGAAUAAACAACAUUGAGAGA